CUCCGUGGCUUGCGAUGGGUCCAAACAAUGAUCUUUACCGUUGACGAAAUAAACAGGGACCCAGAUCUUCUUCCGAACACGACGUUAGGUUACAAGAUUCUGGAUAGUUGUGACGUCUCCUCCGAAGCACUUAAAGGAACUUUCCAGAUACUGAAUGGAGAUGAAAGAGCUUCUUCACAUGACACCUGUUUUGGUUUUUCCUCAGUGCCUAUUGUAAUAGGAGAUGCGGGAUCUUCGCGAUCUGCUGCAGUUUCAAGAAUUUUGGAGGUCUUUGGAAUUCCUUUGAUCAGUUACUUUGCUUCCUGUGCCUGUCUAAGUGACAAAAACGAGUUCCCAACAUUUUUCAGAACAGUACCCAGUGAUGCCGUUCAAAUCAAAGCUUUGCUGAGACUCAUAAAUUAUUUCAAAUGGAGCUGGAUUGGCAUUGUUGCAGUUGACAGCGACUACGGCCGCUUUGCUAUUCAAUCAUUCGCUGAGGAAAUCUGGAACUCUAAUGUCUGCGUCGCCUAUACGGAAUUCAUCUCUUCGGGUGGUGCUAGUGACAGAAUGUCAAAGAUUGCAGAUACGAUCACACAAUCCUCUGCAAAAGUGAUCAUAUUGUUUUGCGGAGAAAGCUACACUUUCGCUUUAAUUCAAGAACUCAAAGUGAGAAACAUCACCGAUUUGCAAUUGAUAGCAAGCGAAGCCUGGGUCACCUCGUCCCUGAUUUGGUCAAAAGAAAGUCAGGACAUUUUGACUGGCACAAUUGGUUUUGGAAUCAGGAAAGCAGAGAUUCCAGGACUAGAUUUUUUAGUUAAAUUUCAUCCUUCCACAUCACCAGAGAAUCCGUUUGUUGAGGAAUUUUGGCAAGAGGUUUUCGGUUGUGAAGUAAGGCCACGUGACAGAACCUCUCCGCAAAACGAGUGGCAAUUUUCUAGCAAACCGUGCACAGGAUCAGAGGAUCUGAAUUUAACUAAGAACAUAUACACCGACGUGUCACAGCUAAGGGUUUCAUACAAUGUUUAUAAAGCAGUUUAUGCUAUAGCACACGCCCUUCAUAAUUUACAAUCCUGCAUAAAUGGAAAAGGGCCGUUUAUAAACAAAACAUGCGGUCAAAGAUCAAACAUCAUACCAUGGCAGCUUUUGCAUUAUCUGAAAGAAGUCAAGUUUAUGAAUAAAUUUGGUGAAGAAGUAAGCUUUGAUAGUAAUGGAGAUCCAAUAGCUUCAUAUGACCUAAUAAACUGGCAAAGGAGUGCUGAUGGAUCCGUUAACUUUGUAAAGGUUGGUUUUUAUGAUGCAGCGUUACCAAAAGGAGAAAAGCUUGUGCUGGCUGAACGCACCAUCGUCUGGCAUGGACAUCAACAUUUGGUACCAGUGUCAGUUUGUAGUGACAACUGUCCAACAGGUACAAGAAAAGCAACUCGGAGGGGUGAGCCUAUUUGCUGCUUUGAUUGUUUACCAUGUGCUGAUGGGGAAAUUAGUAACAAAACAGAUUCUAUUGAAUGCUUGAAGUGUUCAUUAGAUCACUGGUCAAACGACGAAAGAAAUGAAUGUAUUGCAAAGGAAAAUGAAUAUCUUUCCUUUCAGGAUGGAAUUGGAAUAACACUGAUGAUCAUUUCACUACUUGGAGCUUGUGUCACAGGGGCUGUGGCAGCUGUAUUCUUAAAUUUCAUAAAUACUCCCAUUGUCAGGGCCAACAAUUCGGAACUAAGCUUUCUUCUACUAAUCUCAUUAAUACUGUGCUUUCUGUGCUCCAUUGCAUUCAUUGGACAGCCAUCACCAUGGUCAUGCAUGGUGCGGCACACUGUGUUUGGAGUUAGUUUUGCUUUAUGUAUUUCUUGUAUUCUUAGUAAAACCCUGGUAGUCCUAAUGGUAUUUAAAGCAACUCUGCCCGGCAGUAAUAUUAUGAAAUGGUUCGGACCCAAACAGCAAAGGUCAACUGUCUUUUUCUCUACAUUGAUUCAAAUUAUAAUAUGCGUGUUCUGGUUGGUGAUCUCUCCCCCAAUCCCAGCUAAAAACACCAAAUAUCAAAGUGCAAAGAUUAUCCUUGAAUGCGACUUAGGAUCUCCAGUUGCUUUCUGCUGUGUGUUUGGUUACAUUGGGCUCUUGGCUUGUUUAUGUUUAAUUUUAGCUUUCUUGGCCCGAGCGUUACCAGACAAAUUCAAUGAAGCUAAGUUUAUAACAUUUAGUAUGCUCAUUUUCUUUGCUGUGUGGUUAACUUUUGUCCCUGCUUAUGUAAGCACCCAUGGGAAAUAUACAGUGGCCGUGGAAGUGUUUGCAAUUUUAACAUCGAGCUUUGGGUUGCUCAUCUGCAUAUUUACUCCAAAAUGUUAUAUUAUUUUGUUAAAACCAGAAGAAAACACAAGAAAACACUUGAUCACUCAAUCAGAUAGACUUGAGACCAAUUACGUCAAAACACAUAGGCCGCCAAAAGCAUCCUCGGAAACAGAGGGAAUAGAUUAUUAUUGUUGA